AUGCCAUUGGCUAAUUCUUUUGAGGCAACACUAAAAUUUUCUACAAAACAACGAGAUUCUUUCUUAUUUAAGAAUCAUAUUGAUCACCGUGCUCUUAACUUGAAACAUUGUGACUGGAUAUCUGCAAAUUCCACCGAAAACCUUUUAACUAUUGAAUCUCCUGUCAAAGAUGUAUGUUUAAAGAUACAAUGUUCGCAAUUUGAAUUAAUUGUUGAAAAAGAAACGAUAAAACCUUCUAAAGAAAUAGUUGCCAAAGUAAAAGAUGCUCUAAGCCAUUAUAAUCCUUAUAAUGAAUUAAUGAGUGUUUUCGAAAUUUACGGAAAAUUUCUUCCUAAAAGAGUUAUUCUUGGACAUAAAAUAUACAGAGUUACUUGUUUAAUUGUGGAUGAGAGUCUGCCAGAUUUUAAAUUUAAAGAAGGGGAAUGGUCAUCAUUUGAUUUUAUGGCGAAGGAAUAUAACGAUAUUUUAAGCAAGUGGGAAAAAUGCAUGGGUUUAUAUGGUUUUGAUUCGUCUUAUUUUGUGUCAAUUGACGAUAAAUUAAUUAUGAAAGAUCAACUUGAUAUUUUGUCUGCAUCACUCUUGAUAUAA